AUGGCGCCUCUUCUGGCUCUUGCUGUGGUGAUGCUGCUGAGUCCAUCCCUUGUAAAAUCUUCUGGCCAUACACCUCGGCACAACCUGCAGCGUAUUAUCGACCUGGCCAAGAAAAUCAACGAGUCCCCCUCAAAGGUAAGAGCUCAAACAUAGCGGGGUUAACAAACUUUAUAUAUAACUUGCGCUGCUUUUCUUCAUCACAAGUAGAUAAAAUCUGCCUGAAGCAAUAACACUUGUAAUUUUGUCUUCUGCAGGACAUUUUUGUCGAGGAUGUGUCGCGUCUGGCUGAAGGCAGCGACAGAUGCGGGGUAGGAAGUUUUAAAUAUCUUUAAUCCAGUAGAUUAGAAACAGAAGCAUUCAUUUUGCAUUUCAACGCCUAAAUUCUUGGGUUUUAUGUUUCGAGAGGCUCAUUUAUCGUGUUUCUUUUUUUCCACACAGGAUAAAUUCUUCUGCCAAGUGGAAAAAAUCCUUGAAAAGCACGUGAAGAACCACGGACACCCUCGUAAAAGGCACGCCGAGACGGAGAUCCUGAAGAACUUGAACAUCUACAUCAACAGCUCAAAUGUAAGAAAGAGAGAGAGUGAAAUCUUAGCCAAGAGGGUUAGAGCUCAACACACACAAAACAACAAACUUUUACUUGGACUGAUGAAAUGAAUCAUUUAGAUAGCGCCAAAUCACAACAAGACGCUUUCCAAGAAAGAGCAGGUCUAGACAACGCUCAUUGUUUGAUGAAUUACCAAGACCUAACCUUAAGAUGGGACAGAUUUGACCCAUCUUAUCAAACAUGAGUGACAGUGGCGAGGAAAAACUUCCUUUAAACAGGCAGAAACCUUGAGCAGGACCAGACUCAUGACUCCAACUCACCGCUACUGAGUUGGGGAGAAAUACAGAGAGAGAAAGACAGGGGGCAGCAGCAAAAUUAAAAACAACAACAGCUCAUACAGGAUCAGGAAAUAAGUGAUUAUGUACAAUGUUAAAUUAUUUUAAUAUGAUUACAAUCAGCAGGCCUAAUAGUAAUUAACUCUAACGUUUUGUUUUUUUUUGUCUUUCAGGUGAACUGCAACAAGACUCUGGAAAAUGUGACAUCUUCAGAGGAAAUCAAAAAAGUACCUCAGCUGGUGGGCUUCCUCUCUGGGUGUGCACAGCACAAGAUCUUGAAUAGUGCCUAA